AUGUUUGAGCUCGAAGAAGUACAAGAAUCCUAUGUUCUUGCACAACUCCAGACUUUGAAAACCAACAAAGCUAUCGGUUUGGACAAAAUAAGCGCAAGACUCUUAAAAUGUGCGUCUUGUUCAAUCAGCAAGUCUGUAACAAGGUUACUUAAUCUUUCCAUCAAGAGCAACCAUUUCCCAAAGAUUUGGAAAUGUGCUAAGGUCACGGCCCUAUUUAAAUCAGGUGAACGUUCCAAUCCUAUAAACUAUCGUCCUAUCUCGGUCUUGCCUACUCUAAGUAAGAUCUUAGAGAGAACCGUUCACUCGCAAUUGUAUAUCCACCUAAUUACUAACAACUUGCUCACAAGCGAGCAGUUUGGAUUUCGACAAAGGUACUCAACCAUCACUGCCCUGACCAAUUUUGCGGAUGAAACUCUGAGUAGCAUGGAAUGUGGAAGGCUUUGUGGAGCUGUAUUUCUAGAUUUGUCGAAGGCAUUCGAUACAGUGGACCACAGCAUCUUACUCCACAAACUUAAAGCAAUGGGUGUGUCAUCUAGCACCGUAG